GUGGAUCCAGAGAUCACUCAUAAUGCUGCAGGCUGUGAGCAUGCUCCACAUCUUCCUUCUCUGGAGUCUCAUCUUCUCCUGGUCCCUGCCUCUCCCGUUCGCCCCUCGGUCAGAUUCCUUCCCGGAUGAAGCCCUGCACCUUGCUGAGAACUACUUGAACACGUUUUACCAACUCCCCUUGGGUUCCGGUGGCCUGAAGGCACGGAACUCCUUUGUGACAGAAAGUAAGCUCCAACACAUGCAGUCGUUCUUUGGCCUGACUGCCACAGGUCACCUGAGUCCGGAAAUCUUAGAUCUCAUGAAGCAGCCGAGGUGUGGAGUUCCUGACAUGGUGGAAUUCAAUUUUUUCCCCAGGAAAGUAAAGUGGCUCACCCACAACUUAACAUAUAGAAUUACCAAUUACACUCAAGAUCUAAGUCAGGAAACUGUAGACCAAGCCAUCCACGGGGCAUUUAAAGCUUGGAGUGAUGAGAGUUUACUAAAUUUCACCAGGAUUUCCCAUGGCACUGCUGACAUCAUGAUCACUUUUGGAACCAAAGAACAUGGUGAUUUUUUCCCUUUUGAUGGGCCUCUUGGGAAACUGGCUCAUGCUUUUCCUCCUGGGAGAGGUCUUGGAGGAGAUAUCCAUUUUGAUGAUGAUGAAAAUUGGACAAAUGAUUUUAAAGCUUUCAACCUGUUUGCCGUUGCCGCUCACGAAUUGGGUCACGCUUUGGGUCUUCAGCACUCUAGUGAUCCUGAAUCACUCAUGUAUCCCAUCUACAAGUAUCCACGUCCGCAAGGCAACAUUCUCUCCAAAGAUGACAUCAAGGGCAUCCAUGCUCUCUAUGGACCAAGAAAAAGAAGAGUAGAUGGCAGAGAUCCAAAGAAAUGUGAUCCAAACUUCACAGUUGAUGCUAUCACAUAUUUACGGGGAGAAAAAUUGAUCUUUAAAGAUACAUUCUUCUGGCGACAGCAUCCCCAGGUGAUCGAAGAAAAAGCCCUGCCCAUUCAUGCAUUUUGGCCAAAUCUUCCACACAGGAUCGAUGCAGCUUAUGAAGAUCCUGGAAAAGACCUUGUGUUCAUUUUUGGAGGGGACAAGUUUUGGGCCCUUCAAGGCCAUGUGGUCCUGGAUGAUUAUCCCAAAGGACUCAGUGAACUGGGAUUUCCAAAAAACAUUGGAAAAAUUGAUGCCGCUCUCCAUGACACCCAAGCUGCAGUGACGACUUUUUUUACUGGAAACACAUACUGGAGGUACAGUGAUGAAAGACUAAGUCUGCAAGAAGGUUAUCCCAAACUCAUCCAGAAUGAUUUUCCAGGAAUUGGGAAUGACAUAGAUGCAGCAUACCAACAAAAUGGAACCAUCUACUUCUUCUCCGGAUCAACCCAGUGGGAAUAUAGCACAUCUCAAAGGUGCGUCACCCAGACUCGAAAAGCAAGCUGCAUUUUAUGUUGCUGACCCGCCAGAAGUCCAGUGUCCCAGCCUAGUCUCUGAGGGUUCACCUACUAGGCCUGGGGUUUAGGCACGAUCGGCCAUCGAUGAUGCUUAUAUUUGGCAUGUGAUUAAUUGUCACAAUUAAUCUCUCAUCUUCCCACUCUCUAUUCAUCUCUUCCUACCACUUUACGAUCUGAGUUCUCAGGUCCCCCGUCUCUUCCCCCCAUUGGGGCUAGAAGUACUUACACUCAUAUUUUCAAGCUCUGUUUCUUUCUCCUUCCCUGAGCAUUAUUUUAGCAUCUGUCUGCCCUUCUAGAUUGUAAACUCCUAAAAGACAGAGACCACAUGUACGGUCACUCUCCCAAGCACAUAGAAUAGCGCUCUGCACAGAGCAAGCAUUCAAUAAAUAUUCUUGGUUGA